AUGCAGAGUCACGAAGAAGACGACAGGAAGGUAAGGAGGAGAGAAAAAAACCGAGUUGCCGCACAGAGGAGUCGGAAGAAGCAAACUCAGAAGGCAGACAGGCUCCACGAGGAAUAUGAGUCUCUUGAGCAAGAAAAUACCUCCCUGAAAAGAGAAAUUGGAAAGCUAACAGACGAAAUGAAACACUUGAGUGAAGUGCUGAAGGAUCACGAAAAGAUCUGCCCGCUAUUGCACUGCACCAUGAACUUUGUGACCGUACCAAGGCCUGAUGCACUUGCCAGCUGCCUGCCAAGAUGA